UCUCGACCCACACAACUGUUUUUAAUUUCCCGUAGCUUGCUUUUUAUACAUAUACCUAUAAACACCAAAGCAUGCGCUGGCUAACAUCAGCCAUUGUCGUUGCAUUCAUUGCAACACUAAUUUCCUACAACAGUAUCACCAUCACUACUACUGCCGCAGCGCAAGUUCAACAAACUGUCCUUCAAGCACCCGCUCCCGAGAAACGUGUCGCCAUUAUUGGCGGCGGUGCAGCAGGAACGUCAGCAGCAUAUUGGAUAAAUAACGCUUUCCCCAAAGGCAUUAGUGAUAGCGUAAAAGUGUCUGCCACGAUCUAUGAACGAAACAGUUAUUUGGGGGGUCGAAGCACCGUUGUGCCCAUCAAAGACGAUCCUGCUCUUGGAUUGAUUGAAGUGGGUGCCUCCAUCUAUAUUGAGCGCAACUAUAACUUGAUGAACGCAACAGAACGAUUUGGACUGGAGCGUACGCGAUUAGUCGAUGGCGAGGAUGAUGACGGCAGGAUACGAAGCAAAAAAGGGCUUGGCAUAUGGGAUGGUGAGCAGUUUCUUUUUGAAGAGUCCGGGAACGAUUAUUGGGACUCUAUCAAGAUACUCUGGCGUUAUGGAUAUUCGCCUGUCAAGUUUAAAAACCAUCUCAAAGCAAUUAUUGAACGGUUCAGCGAAGGUGUCUACCAUGACGACGACUCCAUUCCUGCGUUUCGAGACGUCGGAGAAGCAUUAGCCUUAUUUGGCAUUGAUGCCUUGGUCAAUGAAACAGCUGCCGACUAUUUGGAAAAGCGGCACGGCAUUUCUGAGAAAUUUGUACGCGAAAUCAUCCAAACGGCAUCAAGAGCAAACUAUGGUCAGGAUGUAGAAGCAUUGCAUGCAUUUGGAGCUUUGGUGUCCAUGGCAGCAUCCGGCUCGUGGGCUACAAAAGGAGGCAAUUUCCAGAUAUUCGAAGAAUUCGCAAAACGUUCAGGAGCAGCUAUUGAGUUGGAAACGGCUGUCAUGGAAGUCCAGAACAUCACGGUUUUUGAUGAGCAUACGGGUGAGCCAGUACAGAGAUACGUGGUGAUCACUGAGGAUGGCAUGGACAUUUAUGAUACAGUCCUCAUGACGGCUCCUUUGCAUUCUGUUGGAAUUGAAUUGCCAUACUCUACUGUACUGCCUGCUCAUCGUCAAUACCAUACUGUUCAUGUGACAAUGGUUGCGGGCGUACCCGACCCAAGCUACUUUGGCAGGACUCAAGAGACUAUGCCUACAAUGGUUGUAUCUACUGGCUCGCCAUUAACGGAUCAUUUUUCAGGUGGCGAACAACCAUUCACGACAUUCGCUAUCCAUAAAUAUCUUGACGAUACUGGCGAAAGCGUGGUCAAGAUGUUUUCUUCAAAAGCCAUGUCUGAAGACGCGUUGGAUCGAUUGUUUGUCAGUCGCAGCUGGACAUUGAGAAAGGAAUGGGAGGCGUUCCCAGACUUGGUCCCUAUCACAGAGGAUGGUUGGCCAACAAUGAUACUGGAUGGGUUUAACAAGGAAGAAGACAAUGGGAUUCUGUAUAUCAAUGCUUUUGAGAGCUGCAUCUCGACAAUGGAAACGGAGACAGUGGCUAGCAAGAAUGCUGUGCGAUUUUUACGCGAGCAAUGGUGUGGGGACGCUUAUUGUGUUCCGUUCGGCGACGGCUGGGGAGAUGAUUGAGCAGCAUGUACAGUAAGUAAUACAUGAUUACUUGCUUGUUAUAAACACUGCUAUUUCCACUCACUCUAUAAACGUACUAAAUAUUUCUUUUCCACCGAAUCUAUCUCGUUGUGGUCAUCUUAAAAGCGCAUCUACUCAGUACAGCAUUUUUCCUCUCACAUACUGUUAAACAUCAUGCUGUUGUUGAUGUUAGUAGUCUUCCUCUUUGUUUUUAUACACUACCUCAGCUAUGUAUUAUUAUAGUAGUUUCUUAAGCGGGACAGGAUAUAUUUGCCCCCAUUCCACAUAUUUCUUUCUUCUUGAAUCAUAAACCGAAUUAUAUGUCAAUACUUAACCGUAUCUUUUUAAGUUUUUAUCAUACGUUAUCAAUAACAAUUUGUGUUGUUAAUAUGGAAAAGCCAGUUAAACAAAC